AUGCCUCCGCCCGAUGGCCGGCCCUGCACCUCGCCGCCUCUCCUGCAGCCGCAGCUCCAGACGCUUCCGCAGUCUUCGCAGCCCGCAAAGCAGAGCUUCCUGCGCAAGCUGCUGACCCGCUCCGACAGCUCGAGGAGCUCCAAGUCGUCCGCCUCGUCCGUCUCCGCCAGCCAGCAACCCGCACCCGUCUCGCCUCAGACGCCCCCUGCCGGCUCGGGCAUCGUCAAGCGCCUGUCUCGGAGGGUCGUGCCGGGCCUCCCUCGGUCCCAGACUUUCAAGCGCCAGCUGUCUGAGAGCAGAGAGCACCUGGCCCCCGUCGAGCCGUCGGCCGAGGAGCGCCGUGCCGCGUCCGUCGACAGACGAUGCCACUACCCGCAAAAGGCGGGCCGCCGCAGCCUGCGAGCUCACCCCGAGCCCCGAUCUAGUGCCCCCAGCUUCUAUGGCGAGACGCUGCACGAGACGGGCUCCAACUAUGCGCAGUCGCUGCCGGUAGACCUCGCGGACCUUGCAGAUAUCGAAGCCGCGGGCUCAACAUAUUCGGACCUGCCGCAUGCCAUUUCAACGGACAUGGACGGCAACGAGGCUGACGAUGAGUACACCGCUCAGGACGCCGUGUCCGUGGCCGACUCCCGGUCUCUCACGGCGUCUCAGUACGAAGCCAUGAUUCACGACGAGCUCGAGAGGGAGUGGAUCCUCAACCUCAGCAUGCACUUUAGGGACCGGUCGAAGCGGGAAAAGUUCUUUGUCACAUACCGCGAGCAGGAGCACAUGUGGCGCCGCGUCACCGUGUCGCUCGACUACCGCGAUGCGCCCGAGAACUCGCUCGAGUGGGAUCUCAACCACACAAAGUACCAGCGGGACAAGAGCGCCAAGAUAUACGAGGCCAUCCGCGAGAGCCUGCCGGACAUUCAGUUCUACGACACCGUGACCAACCUCAAGCUCGAGACGACGGACGGGAGGCUGCAUGUCCACGUGGUGGAAGAUGGCAAUGACAAGGAAAUCAUCCACUAUCCAAACGUCAGCCAGGUUCGCCAUCUCGGCUGCAGGCGAGUCAAGGAACGAGACAUCAUUUUCGACUCCCACAUGUCUGGCUUUGUCUACAAGGUCAGCGUGCAGGGCCACAUGCUCAUCAAGAAGGAGAUUCCCAGUCCCGACACCGUCGAGGAGUUCCUCUACGAGGUGAACGCUCUCAACGGCCUGAGGUUCUCCAGGCACGUCAUUGACUUUUACGGCGUCGUCGUCGACGACAACGACGAGCACGUCAAGGGACUGCUCAUCAGCUUUGCCGGUCAGGGCGCCCUGAUCGACAUCAUCUUUGAGAAUUGCAAGGAGAACAACAUUGGCCUCCCCUGGGAAAUGAGGGAGAGAUGGGCAAGGCAGAUUGUGCAGGGACUGGCCGACGUUCACGAAUCGGGCUUUGUCCAGGGCGACUUUACGCUGUCCAACAUUGUCAUUGACGACAACGGCGAUGCCAAAAUCAUCGACAUCAACCGCCGCGGCUGCCCAGUGGGCUGGGAGCCUCCCGAGGCAACGGCCCUGAUCGAGUCCAACCAGCGGCUGUCCAUGUACAUUGGCGUCAAGUCAGACCUGUACCAGCUCGGCAUGGUCCUCUGGGGGCUUGCCAUGCUCGAGGACGAGCCCGAGACUCAGGGGCGGCCGCUGAUACUUGGGCCGGAGAUCAACGUGCCCGACUGGUAUCGCCAGAUGACGGAGAUUUGCCUCAGCGACGACCCGCGGAUGAGGCUACAGGCGGCAUCGCUGCUGCGAAUGUUCCCACGCGUGAUGCACGGCGACGAGCACAGCGAUGCCCUGCACUCUGACCAGGAGCCGGUUCGCAUGGACAACGUCGCCAUGGCGCGCGAGUACUCUUCGGACGGAUACGGCAUUGAUCAUCACCAUGCAACGAGGGCGGCCGACCGCGAAUGGACCUACUCGGGCUCGACGUAUGCCGACAGCGGGCUGCUCCCCUAUGAUCAGCACUACUCCGCGCGCGGUCGGUCACCACCGAGCGCGCUGCCCAGCGACACGGAGGGCGAUGCCGCCAACAAGUCGGGCUGGGCAGCCAACAGGAACAUUGCUCCGUCUUACAGCGAUAGCGGCGAGAGCUACGUGCUGCCAGAAGACGAAUAUGACGUUCCCCGACAGCCAACCCCGACCCCCUCUGCGGAGAAGUUCCUGAACAUUAGUGACCGGCGUCAACGACCCCUGGGGCAGCUGAACUCGUCCCUCGCCUAUGAGAGCACCGACUACUUCACCGCCGAUGACCAGGGAGCAAAGGGAUUGGCCCCGGCGGCGCCUGAAUCAAGCUGGGGAGGAUCAGCAAGCAAUUACACGGCAGAGGAGGACACCAUAUUGGAGUCGAGCAAGGCAGCCGAAAAGGCUGUUCCCGCUGUCGUCGUGACGGAGACUCCUGACGAGGUGCCCCAGUUCAGAACCCCCGAGAUGCAGCAGGGCAGAAACUGGGGAAAGCAUGAUGACAACCGAGGCGAUGCCCGACGACAAGACUCGGCCGUUGACGUGCACCCUGAUGCCCGAGCGGCGAAUAGCCCAGAUGUGCCUGUCAGGACAAGGUCGAGCCCGAGGCUGAAGCUGUCGAAGAACACGGCCAACAUCAAGGUCAAGCGGCUCCGAAAGGUUCCGAGGGCCGAAGACGGCUACCGAUCCUCUUCCUCCCACGCAACGCCGCAUCAGACGGUGCCCAACACGCCCGUCACAGCAGAGGCCACCAGGCCGGGCGAGAGCGCUCGCGUCACGACGCCGGAAACGGAGUCGGAGCCCGACUACAUUGCGUCGCGAUCACCGGGCUUCAAGUCGCCCGACCCUCGGCAAGGAUACAAUGCCAGGGAUGCGCAAAGAGCCGGGCAGCUGCUCAGCGGAGGGGCGAGUGAGCAGUGGACCCAGGAGGAUGCUCACGGUCAGACAGACGCAGAAGGAGGCUUCAGGUAUCCGCGGCACGGGACGAUGCCCGUUUCGCUGACGGGGAUUGGAGCAGCACAUCUGGGGCUGCAGGGCGAGCUGCUGCCGGAGAAGGGGUUGAUGGACGACGAAUUCCAGUUAAUGACACGAACCGAGGCGCCGCCUCUGAUGAUUACGACAGAUGCUCAGACAUGA